CUUGUGUUAAUUGUUGAUGUGGUUGUUAGAAGGGUAAUCGGCCUUGUGACUUCCGGAGAAUCUAGGCUUUCAUCAUGAGGCUUGAUAAUUGUUCUGAAUGAAGAUCGUUUGACUUGGAGAGCAGAGUUUCAAUGGUUUAUUCUGGUUAGCGUCGCCCAAGCCAUGCAAUCCGCACUUAAUCAGUUGGCAAUCAGUGUCCGUAGGUAUGGUAUGUGCUUUGUACCUUCGAAGUGCAAAGUACUUCGACAAGACUGGCAGGAUUCCAAUCCUGUACUCACCUUGGAUGGUGAGCAGAUAGAAGUAGUCGAGAAGUUCGUGUAUCUAGGUAGCUGCAUAAGUGCUGGUGGGGGUGUGAGUGAUGAGAUCAAUGCACGAAUAGUGAAAGCCAGAGCGGCUUAUGCCAAUCUGGGCCACCUUUGGCGCCUUCGUGAUGUUAGUCUGGCUGUAAAAGGUCGGAUCUACAACGCGUCAGUGAGAGCAGUUUUACUCUAUGCUUGUGAAACCUGGCCUCUCCGAGUUGAGGAUGUUAGACGACCCUGUGUUCGAUCAUCGUCGUCUCCGAAGGAUUGCUGACAUCCAGUGGCAACACCAUGUCAGUAAUGCAGAGGUUCGGCAUCGUGUGUUCGGGCACAGAGAUGAUAAUGCAAUCAAUGUCACCAUCUUGAAACACCGACUUCGGUGGCUUGGACAUGUUCUCCGAAUGUCGUCCCAGAGAAUUCCACGUCGUGCAUUAUUUGCCGACUCUGGGACUGGUUGGAAGAAGCGGAGAGGUGGUCAGUGCAUGACAUGGUGUCGGGGCAUGAAAGAAAGCUGCAAAGGACUGGCUUGUGUUAGUCCUUCACAACUCCCUGACUGGGGUCCGAGAAAUGGUGCAACACAGUGGUUAGAGACGUUAUCAGAUAUGGCUCAGAAUAGAAACCAGUGGCGAUCCUGCUAUAACCUUCUUUUACUUUCUUCAUAGAAAGUGGUUGUAUCUUCCUUAACUGAAAGAUUUCUUCUGAUUAUACCUUUCCGUUCCCUCAUUAUUACUAUUAUUAUUACUACACUACCUUACACCAAUCUCUUCGUUAUUGUUCUCUUUUUUUUUCUUUCUCUUCGAAUUCUCAUUGUUUUGUGUGGCGCAUAUAUAUUGGCGCUCUCUUGUACCAAUAUUUAUGUGUUCAAAUAGAUAAAUAAUAAAUAAAUACGGGAUAGGUUUUCUGACUUUAUGCUCAACCUUCCUCCCUCACUCGUGCUUGGGACCGAUAGUGACCCUAGAAGAGCUACAGGCGGAGUUAAAGGAAUUUAUUGGGACAUCUGAGAUUGUAACAUGUUUGCUCGAAUAUGUAUAAAUUCACAAAAACGUUGAAGUCCAACCAAUUUAAAGUGAUUAUAUUCUUUACAGUUGGUUCAUCGCUUCCUUUUAUUUAUCCUUUUAAAUUUCUCUUUAUGUACUAUUAUGAAGUGCAACAACUAAACAGAAUGGGGGUUUAUGGAGAUUGUAGUAAUUAAAUAGAUGAAUUCAUGAGCCGAUUAAAGCUAGACCACCAUGGAAAACCUGCAAGCACUGGACGGCCGUUUUAUCCUAGUAUGAGACUCCUCAGCAGUGCGCACCCACAACCCCUAUGCGGGGCUCGGACCCCGGAUCUUCAGUCUCAACAACUUAAACCAAUUGACAUUUUCAUCAGAUCUUACACCUUAUUGAAUCACCUAGUCAGUAAAGUUGUUCAUAGAGUCAGCUCGUUGCCCUUAUAUUUUGAACUCUUAAAUUUCUUUUAACUAGCUUUCUUAUCUGAAAUAAUCUUCCUAAGUGAAUACUCGGCACAGACGUAAAAUAAUCCAUACAUCUCAUCAAUAAAUUCCGAUCAUUUAACUGCAUAGCGACUUUCCCUUAAGAAGCACCGCGAGUCAAACUGUUAUUUUUGGUGUAGUUUUUUUCACCAGCAUUAGUGGUCAAGCCUUUUCUACCUCAUUUUUAUGCAGGUGCAUUUAACAGGAUUGCAUACUAUUGUCCUGAUUGUUUUGUCUGCUCUGCAUUUUUCAAAUGCUGAUCAGGCUUAUGACUUUUUGAUUUGUUGCAUUAUAUUUUCGUACAUAGUUUACCCAAUCACAAACGGAUACUUUCCAUUAAAUGUUUUCGAUAACUAGUUAAAAUGCAGUUAAGCAUACAUUCAUAUUCAUCUGAAUAUUUUAAGUCUUAAUAUAGGUUCCUUAUUUAACAAAAGAGAUUUACAUGUCUUUCAUCUGAGCUAAAAAUGAUGGUUUCAUAACCAUAUAUUCAUUGCAGUUAGAUAACAUUUUAAAACAGAUUUCACUCAGGGUUCAGCAUAAGAAGAUUAUUUUCGUACACUUCAUCCUUUAUUUUGUGAUUCCAGUCAACUAAAAUAAAGCAUCUUCCUGGUGUUGCGUUGCGUAUAGAAGAUAUGGAUAAGCAAAAUGUCGAUACUACAAGUACUGGAUUUCUAGCUGUUCAACCCUUCUUUUAUACAACACGUGUUUUGAAUCCUAAUAAAUCCUAUCCCAUUGAUGAUGAUGCCCUGGAACGCCAAUUUGUUAAAGUGAAUGCCUUUCGUGUUCUAGAAAGUCUUGAUAAUUUGAUAGAUGGUGUUUUGUUGGUCACACCUGAAUCUUUGUGUUUCGACGCAAGUCAAACUGCAGUAGCUCAAAAACAGGCUUACAUUGCUUCUCAUUCUGAAUUAUCUUCAAGUGAUUAUAACAUUGAUGCUACUCAUAACAAAAUGAUUGAAUCACAUCAUGACUCUGACAAUAAAUCAUCCACCUGCCAUGAUAAUAAUGUUGAGUUUUCUUGUUGCCAUAUUCCUCAAGAACUACUAAAUUUAGGAUUAUGCAUUCCAUUAGCCUCAAUCAUUGCCAUGAAAACGCUUGUUGAAAACGAUGUUAUACAUAUUUUAAAAUCCGAAUGUAAUAAUAAAAUAAAUUCAUUAUCCAACUCAACUUUGCAAAAUGAAAAGACAGAAGAGCAUGUCAAUGUACAAAGUACAAAUGAAAAUACGAAGUCAACUGAUGAAAAUACUGAUAAUCAGCGAAAUGAUCCCAAUUCAUCCAGUAAUAUUGAUAAGGAACAGCCUGACGAAACUAGUAAAUCAAUUAUAAACGAUAAUUCCGUUGGUCUCUCCGAUAGCACUUAUGCUGUCAAUAUUGAUGAACAGUUGAAAACUCCUGAAAUUCCCUCUGAAAUCGAGACAACUUUGUCAACAUCAUCAUCAGUAUCAUCAUCACCGCACCAACUACCAACAGCAUCUUUAGAAACAUUGAGUACAUCUGUGAGUCAAUUAUUACAAAAAGAAAAUAACAGUGAAGACAAAAAUGUAACUAACGUUACAAACGAUUUAUAUUUGAGAAUCACUCUAAUUGGAGAUAUAACUCAUAUAUUUCGUCUUGCUGUUGAUCGCCUCACUCAAGUCUACAGUUUUCUUUUACGUGCUGGUGUAGGCAGUUUAGACAAGCAUAUAGAAGUUAACAAUCAUUCUGAACAGGUCGUUAUUGGAAAUUCUGAUAAAGGACAGGCGUUAGAUUCUGAUUCUACAGUAUGUCAUCGUCGUAGUUUAGUUGAAGAAAUGUUAGAAAGUCUGGAACAAUCUAUUCAUGUACCAAUACUCAAUGGUGGUGAAAGCAGAAUAUUAACUAAUGACAUGCUAGUAGAUCUUAGUGUUAACUUUCCUGCAUAUUGGAGUAGUUCUAACUUAAAUUCUAUCUACAAAUCUGAAGAUGAUGGCUAUUGUUUAAACACAGUGUACAGAAAGUGUAAAGAUGUUGAAGGUAGUGUUUUAUUGCUUAUACGUGAUACAAUGGGCGUUGUAUUUGGUGCAGUUAUGUCGGAAACAAUGAAAUGUAGCAAACAUUUUUAUGGGACUGGUGAAACAUUUGUCUUUCAUUGGAAACCAACAUUUAAAAAAUAUUGUUGGACUAAGAAGAAUUAUUUUUUCAUGCGAGGAUCUCUUCAUUCAUUUCAUAUUGGCGGUCAAAGCGGACGAAAUGCAAUAUGGUUUGAUGAAUCAUUAAAAUAUGGUUGUAGUGAACCGACCGACACAUUUGACAAUCCUGUACUCAGUGGAAAUUUACCAGAUAUACAAUUCUCUUCUUUAUCAUUGAAUAAAUCUGAUAAAAAUGAGAAUGUUUUAAUAGAAAACAAUAUUAAUAAUGUACAUGUUAAUUCUAAUCCAUUAAAUCCAACGAUAAAAUCUUCAUCUACAGUAUGUGAUAGUGUCUCAUUCAUAAUUGAUACAUUUGAAUUGUGGCAAUUAAUCAGUUGUUAGUGUGAUAAAGUUUUACAUAUUUUAUUGUAUUUGAUCUAUCUAUGAUUUCUUGUUAUUAACUUAUUACAAAUCCAUAUUUGUUAAAUUGUAUGACAACUAUGUUAGUAUCCUUUUAUUUUUAUGACAUAUUGUAUGUAUAUGAAUGCUGAAUUGUGUAAUAAUGAUAGAAAUUGUCGAUCAACUUUUCUUUUCCCUUAGAUUAUGUUUGAUUGACUUGAUUGCACUAUGAUUACUAUUAUUGUUAUGAGUUAAAGGAUCUAUGAUUUCAGCUUGAAAAUAAUAUGUUUACAGGCAGUAAUUAAUAGAUUGAAAUGAUUUCUCUCUUUUGUUUCGUCAUGUCAUUCCAUUAAUUGAUCAGUAUGCUUUGUUUCCUUUUUUUGUAAAAUAGUUUCUAUUGUUUUUCGUUUACUAAAAUAUGAAUAAACAAAAGUAUCACACUUGCUUUUAUGUCAUU